GUUGUGAAGAAAUCUGACAUGCGUGACAAAAAUAUGGCACAUCAGAUGAAGGCAGAGAGAGACGCAUUGGCCCUCAGCAAAAGUCCCUUUGUCGUGCACCUGUUCUACUGUCUCCAAACAGCAACAAACGUGUAUUUGGUGUGUGUUCCCAAAAAGAUAAAUGGCAACAGUGAGUGACACGUCACUUUCCUAACUGUGGUAUAUUGCCUCUACAUGUUUAUGCACAGGUGAUGGAAUACCUAAUUGGAGGAGAUGUGAAAUCCCUUCUUCACAUCUACGGAUAUUUUGAUGAGGACAUGUCAGUGAAAUACAUUUCAGAGGUGGCUCGUGCUUUAGACUACCUCCAUCGCCAUGGAAUCAUCCACAGGUACUUUUAUUUUAAAUUUUAUUUAACCUUUAUUUAGCUAGGCAAGUCAGUUAUGAACAAAUUCUUAUUUACAAUGACGGCCUACACCGGCCAAACCCGGACGACGCUGGGCCAAUUGUGCGCCGCCCUAUGGGACUCCCAAUCACGGCCGGUUGUGAUCCAGCCUGGAAUCGAACCAGGGGGUCUGUAGUGACGCCUCAAGCACUGAGAUGCAGUGCCUUAGACCGCUGAGCCACUCGGGAGCCCGAGUGACUAUCCAUCUUCAAGAAAUGUGGGUUUAUUUAACAUUUUAGUAUGAUUAAGUUUUGUAUUCUGUUCAAUCCUUUAGGGACCUGAAGCCAGACAAUAUGCUUGUAUCUAAUGAAGGCCACAUCAAGCUUACAGACUUUGGCCUCUCCAAAGUCAAGCUUGACAGAGGUAUGUGCAUACGCUAAACAUUUAAAUCAUUUAGCAGACGCUCUUAUCCAAAGCGACUUACAGCAGCCAUUAGGGUUAAGUGCCUUGCUCAAGGGCACAUCAACAGAUUUUUCACCUAGUCGGCUCAGAGAUUUGAACCAGCGACCUUUCAGUUACUGGCCCAACACUCUUAACUGCAAGGCUAGCUGUCCCCUAAACCAAUGCAUCCACCCCCAUCCGCUUUCAGGCUUUAGUUUAGUUCUACAUUUUAAUUCCUUUUCCUCCCAGAAUUGAGUCUUGCCGAUAUUUUGACAACCCCAUCUUUGGCCAAGCCUAAACAGGAUUAUUUCCGCACCCCUGGUCAAGUCCUGUCUUUGAUCAGCUCUCUUGGCCUUGUAAGUAAAGUUCAUUGCAUUUAAGUAUGUAAUGUAUUCAUAGACAAUACAUCAGUAAGGAUAGUAAAUGUGAUAAUGAUUGGUUUGUGCAGAUACAGUACAUUGUUUCCUAUUGCCAUAUGAAAUAAUCAUUCUGUGCUCUCAUCCCAUCAAACACAGAACACACCAGCAGUGGAGAGCAAGUGCCGCAGCAGCACCUCGGCUGUGUUCAGCCCUAUGUCAUGUGGGAAAAUUGAACAGCGGAAAAACUCGCUCUGUUCGCCCUUGAGGAGACAGAAGGAAUACCUGCAUUCCCCUGUCUGCCAUAGCCGGACUUUGGGUAUGUCUCUUCAAUUCUACCUCUGUAAAUGAACAUGUGUUUCGGUAAAAAAAAAAAAAAAUCUUUAGCCAAAAAGGGCAGACUGGUCAGAUCUGUAAUCAAACCUGUCCAGAGGAGAGAGUGGAUUCUGUUCCCUCAAACUGAUUCAAAUCGGUCUUUGUUUUGUCAGGACCCAACAGCUUUGUGUUCAGCUCAUAUGCUUUGACCAAGAGCCUGACUCCCAGGCUGCUCAAGUCCAGAAGGAGGUUUGAGACGAUGAGCGCAGGCAGCAGCCAAUCAUGCCUCUUCCCCUCCACCACGGACUCUGAGGGAGGUGUCAGCCCACUAUGGGAGGUAGAGCAGGUCAGAAGCCAGCAGCAAAUAUAUAAUUCCUUUCAUUUCACUCAAAUAUCUACCUCUGUAUUUGUGGGUCAUUAGAAGACAUGUGUUAUUGUUUUCGGUUUGCUUUUCUAGAAGGAGAUGGAGAACUUCCUGCACCUAUAUGGUAGGAAUACAAGUGGACCAAUGGGAGGAAAGUCGACCUCUGAUAUGCGAAUGCAGCGCCGGGACUCUGCUCUGGCAUCGUUGGACAACUUAGACCUACGUGGACAGCUCCACCGAGAACCCAGUACUGGAGAACUGUCCAGGAAGGCCAAAGCGGAACCUCUUGCUGAGAAGAGGCUUCAGUUUAACGAGGUAGAGCAGUCUGCCCCACCCCAGAAGCCUGAUCGCUCUCAACCAAUCAGAGGCUAUGUUUCUGGAGUUGAAGGUCAAUGUGCCACCGAAGGGAAACCAAAGGGAGGCCAUGUUGUGGUAACCUCAGCAGGAAAGAGAGUGUUUGAGGAGGUGGAAAGAAGUCCUGAGCAGUUGGAAUCCCUUUCCAAGAAGAGCGACUCAGCGUACCAGAGGUGUUAUGGUGUCCCAGAAAUUGCUUUGAAGAAUCGCACUGGUCUGACAGGGGUGUUUGCCAAUGUCCAUUUGGAGGUGUUUGGAUCUGAGGGUCGAGGGACUGCUGAAGGCCAGGUCUCCAAACGCUCCAGUCCCAUUGCUGUGGCUAAAAACCUCCUGUGUGAGUUGGAUGGACCAGCAGAGGGGGUCUUCGUCGAGGGCACGUCAUUUGGUGAAGAGCUGAGCAGGAGCCUGAGCGCUGACUCUGAGGGGUCGACUCAUGAAAUGUCCAUCGUCGUCAACAGCCCAACCCCUAAGAGGUCGGCUCAAAGUGCAAAAGAGGGGCGUUGGGCGUUGUUCCAUCUAGACGAUAUACAAUAUCACCCAGCAAUAUCACCCAGUGCCCCACUGCUUCCUCAGCCACCCACCUUCGCUAGUAUAGGAACGGCAAAGCCGGGCAACGGGCUCACCCUGAGAGGAGGCAAAUCCAAGCACUCCUUCCUCGAACCGAGUCCCUGAGCUGGACCCCAGGGUGGCCAAGUCACCCUCGUUCCUCAAGCCCAGGAACGCGGUGGCCUUCCGGAGUUACUGCAGCUCCAUCAACCGCUCCAACAUGUCGUGGAACUCACGGCUCAGCCUGGGCUCAGUGGGGGCCAUGGAUACGGUCACUUCAGCCUCCUACCACAGUAUGCCCGCUGCUGUCACACCAGUCCAGAAGAGACCCAGCUCCAACAACUCCCUCUAUCAGGUAGAUGCACAGAGUCGAGUUCCAGGGGUGGAGGGGACAGAGUCGAGAGGGUACAGAGUCGAGUUCCAGGGGAGAAGGGUACAGAGUCGAGUUCCAGGGGUGGAGGGGACAGAGUCGAGUUCCAGGGGUGGAGGGUACAGAGUCGAGUUCCAGGGGUGGAGGGUACAGAGUCGAGUUCCAGGGGUGGAGGGUACAGAGUCGAGUUCCAGGGGUGGAGGGUACAGAGUCGACGUUCAGGGGUGGAGGGUACUGGGCUACAUUGAAAUGUAGGAUCUAAAUAUAGCUUCAGAGAACUUACAUGAUACUGUUUUUUAUCAGUUAUUUAUUUGACUAAUUUCAGACCCCACAGCCGACGACCACCUCCCACACCCCAUUCAGGACCCCUAAGAGUGUCCGACGCGCUCCAGUACCUGUGGAGGGAGUACCGAUUUUAGGUACCCCAGACUACCUAGCCCCAGAGCUGCUAUCGGGGAAACCACAUGGUAAGAGAGGACCAUUUCUUGUUUGGGAUGUCAAAACAUUUCUGAAUGUGUGUUGGUAUAACUGCUGUCAUCCUCUUCACAACUUUACAUGAAGGUAUAAAUGUCUGUUGAGAAAUCAACAGUCCAGCCAUUUUAACAGGCAUUCUUUUUAAGUUUCAGGAUGUCGUAAAUGUGGUAAGUUGAUCAUAACCUUGCUAACGUUGCCAGGGGGGAAUGCGUGUGCUCUCAGCUUCCCUGCAUUGCAUUCACUGUCUGGUACCAGAGGAAAUGGCUGCCUGAUUCAAAAUAACAUAGAUGGGUUUCAAAAUGCUGGUUCUGGUUACCCAUUGUACUUCCUGCUUCGAGAAGCGGCCCUCAAUUCGGGGUGUUCCUGCAUCUACAGGAACUCCUCUUUUUAUACUUCUGUUGUUCCGUUUUUAAGCUAGGACUCAGAAAGACAGGCGGGAGCGCUCCAGUACACUAGGUGGCGGUAAUAGACCAUAAUGUUGGAUGCCAACCGCCAAUAAACACCACAGAAGAAGCGGGGGGCAACAACGGUAGCUAGCUAGGACACCGGUAGACAGUGUCCUUCGCCCCCUUUUAAAAAAAGAAAACUCAGAAAAUACUUCUUUCCCUUUUGACCCACAUUUUUAAAUCGCAUAGACAAUCAGGGGAAAUCCAGAAUACGUUAAGUGUCACACAAGCAUGAAGAUGGCAUGCUCGGGGUGGAGGGGGGGGGGGGGCUUUCAUGCAGGAACCAAUGGGAUGCUCGAGGGGGAGGGGUUCCUGCUGAUUCAUGAACCAAUGGAAUGCUCGAGGGGGAGGGGUUCCUGCUGAUUCAGGAAUCCCCAAAUGUAGGAACACCCAGAAUUUGCGUGCUGCAAUCACACUCUAUUGGCUGCUUCUGGCCCUCUCUAUUGGGUUUGGACCCAUGUUGGGGUUAAAUUGAGGGAAAUUCUAAUGGGAAGCCAUUUUCAGUACAUGGUGUUAAAGAUUCUAAAGAGGGUCAUUAAUGUUUGUCAGAGUGGAGGACGAACAUUAGUGACCGCUAGAUGGGUCUAAUUGUAAAGGCACAUUUUCAAGCUGAUGAAAUUUGUUCAUUUGUUCAAACAUUGAAACAUCGAUAUGGGUUUUGUCCAGGAAUAUGAUGUUUGGUGCCCAUGGUGUGGAUUUAAUGCUGGGGGGGAAAAAAAACAAUCUAAUAUUGGUUUUAGAUUACAAUAAAUUACAUUUAUCUUACAAAGUGUAAACAAUUGUUCAGGAUUCAGUAAUGUUAGCAAGCAAAACACAAUUACAACACCCCCUCACAUCAUCCACAAUCGUUAAAUCUCAUAUUUCAAGAAGUGUGUGAGUGGAUCUUACUGUUAUCCCAAAUUGUACAUUGAAACACUAAGCCUAAUGUUUUCCAAUUUCCUCAGUUCCUGCUUCCAGCGCUGUUGAAUAGAGACACCGGCUAACAGGACAAUAGCACAGUGACACUACGAUGACGGUAUACAGUUGAAGUCGGAAGUUUACAUACACCUUAGCCAAAUACAUUUAAACUCAGUUUUUCACAAUUCCUGACAUUUAAUCCUAAUAAAAAAUUCCCUGUCUUAGGUCAGUUAGGAUCACCACUUUUAUUUUAAGAAUGUGAAAUGUCAGAAUAAUAGUAGAGAGAAUUUAUUUAUUUCAGCUUUUAUUUCUUUCAUCACAUUCCCAGUGGGUCAGAAGUUUACAUACACUCAAUUAGUAUUUGGUAGCAUUGCCUUUUAAAUUGUUUAACUUGGGUCAAACGUUUUGGGUAGCCUUCCACAAGCUUCCCACAAUAAGUUGGGUGAAUUUUGGCCCAUUCCUCCUGACAGAGCUGGUGUAACUGAGUCAGGUUUGUAGGCCUUGAUUGCACACGCUUUUUCAGUUCUGCCCACACAUUUUCUAUAGGAUUGAGGUCGGGGCUUUGUGAUGGCCACUCCAAUACCUUGACUUUGUUGUCCUUAAGCCAUUUUGCCACAAUUUUGGAAGUAUGCUUGGGGUCAUUGUCCAUUUGGAAGACCCAUUUGCGACCAAGCUGAUGUCUUGAUGUUGCUUCAAUAUAUCCACAUACAUUUCCUUCCUCAUGAUGCCAUCUAUUUUGUGAAGUGCACCAGUCCCUCCUGCAGCAAAGCACCCCCAGAGCAUGAUGCUGCCACCCCCGUGCUUCACGGUUGGGAUGGUGUUCUUCGGCUUGCAAGCAACCCCCUUUUUCCUUCAAACAUAAUGAUGGUCAUUAUGGCCAAACAGUUCUAUUUUUGUUUCAUCAGAUCAGAGGACAUUUCUCAAAAAAGUACGAUCUUUGUCCCCAUGUGCAGUUGCAAACCGUAGUCUGCCUUUUCUAUGGCGGUUUUUGGAGCAGUGGCUUCUUCCUUGCUGAGCGGCCUUUCAGGUUAUGUCGAUAUAGGACUUGUUUUACUGUGGAUAUAGUUUAUUUUGUACCUGUUUCCUCCAGCAUUUUCACAAGGUCCUUUGCUGUUGUUCUGGGAUUGAUUUCCACUUUUCGCACCAAAGUACGUUCAUCUCAAGGAGACAGAAUGCGUCUCCUUCCUGAGCGGUAUGACGGCUGCGUGGUCCCAUGGUGUUUGUACAGAUGAACGUGGUACCUUCAGGCGUUUGGAAAUUGCUCCCAAGGAUGAACCGGACUUGUUGAGGUCUACAAUUUUUUUUCUGAGGUCUUGGCUGAUUUCUUGUGAUUUUCCCAUGAGGUCAAGCAAAGAGGCACUGAGUUUGAAGGUAGGCCUUGAAAUACAUCCACAGGUACACCUCCAAUUGACUCAAAUGAUGUCAAUUAGCCUAUCAGAAGCUUCUAAAGCCAUGACAUAAUUUUCUGCAAUUUUCCAAGGUGUUUAAAGGCACAGUCAACUUAGUGUAUGUAAACUUCUGACCCACUGGAAUUGUGAUACAGUGAAUUAUAAGUGAAAUAAUCUGUCUGUAAACAAUUGUUGGAAAAAUUACUUGUGUCAUGCACAAAGUAGAUGUCCAAACCGACUUGGCAAAACUAUAGUUUAACAAGAAAUUUGUGGAGUGGUUGAAAAACAAGUUUUUUUUAAUGACUCCAACCUAAGUGUAUGUAAACAUCCGAAUUCAACUGUAUGUGACUAAUCUCUGUUAACCCAGAACAAAAAUCUUGGGUAAUUUAGUCAGAUAUGUUUAUGUAGUCUGUCCACAAGAGAUGAAUAUUUUACUGACUGUCUGUAUCGGUUCCCCCCCAUCAGACUUCAUGGUGGACUGGUGGGCCCUGGGUGUGUGUCUGUUUGAGUUCCUUACCGGCGUGCCCCCCUUCAACGAUGAAACCCCUCUGCUUGUCUUCCAGAAUAUUCUCAACAGAGGUACUUUGUUGCAGUAACACUGGCGCUAGUCUUUUCCUACUGAUUUUGCUGCUUUAUUGAGGAAAGGUUUCGCUGUCUACGACUGAGAUGUGGUUAUCCCACCUACAGUGGGGGGAAAAAACUAUUUAGUCAGCCACCAAUUGUGCAAGUUCUCCCACUUAAAAAGAUGAGAGAGGCCUGUAAUUUUCAUCAUAGGUACACGUCAACUAUGACAGACAAAAUGAGAUUUUUUUUCCCAGAAAAUCACAUUGUAGGAUUUGUAAUGAAUUUAUUUGCAAAUUAUGGUGGAAAAUAAGUAUUUGGUCAAUAACAAAAGUUUCUCAAUACUCAAUAAGUCUUCACAAGGUUUUCACACACUGUUGCUGGUAUUUUGGCCCAUUCCUCCAUGCAGAUCUCCUCUAGAGCAGUGAUGUUUUGGGGCUGUCGCUGGGCAACACAGACUUUCAACUCCCUCCAAAUAUUUUCUAUGGGGUUGAGAUCUGGAGACUGGCUAGGCCACUCCAGGACCUUGAAAUGCUUCUUACGAAGCCAGUCCUUCGUUGCCCGGGCGGUGUGUUUGGGAUCAUUGUCAUGCUGAAAGACCCAGCCACGUUUCAUCUUCAAUGCCCUUGCUGAUGGAAGGUUUUCACUCAAAAUCUCACGAUACAUGGCCCCAUUCAUUCUUUCCUUUACACGGAUCAGUCGUCCUGGUCCCUUUGCAGAAAAACAGCCCCAAAGCAUGAUGUUUCCACCCCCAUGCUUCACAGUAGGUAUGGUGUUCUUUGGAUGCAACUCAGCAUUCUUUGUCCUCCAAACACGACGAGUUGAGUUUUUACCAAAAAGUUAUAUUUUGGUUUCAUCUGACCAUAUGACAUUCUCCCAAUCCUCUUCUGGAUCAUCCAAAUGCACUCUAGCAUAAUAAUAAUAAUAUGCCAUUUAGCAGACGCUUUUAUCCAAAGCGACUUACAGUCAUAGCAAACUUCAGACGGGCCUGGACAUGUACUGGCUUAAGCAGGGGGACACGUCUGGCACUGCAGGAUUUGAGUCCCUGGCGGCGUAGUGUGUUACUGAUGGUAGGCUUUGUUACUUUGGUCCCAGCUCUCUGCAGGUCAUUCACUAGGUCCCCCCGUGUGGUUCUGGGAUUUUUGCUCACCGUUCUUGUGAUCAUUUUAACCCCACGGGGUGAGAUCUUGCGUGGAGCCCCAGAUCAAGGGAGAUUAUCAGUGGUCUUGUAUGUCUUCCAUUUCCUAAUAAUUGCUCCCACAGUUGAUUUCUUCAAACCAAGCUGCUUACCUAUUGCAGAUUCAGUCUUCCCAGCCUGGUGCAGGUCUACAAUUUUGUUUCUGGUGUCCUUUGACAGCUCUUUGGUCUUGGCCAUAGUGGAGUUUGGAGUGUGACUGUUUGAGGUUGUGGACAGGUGUCUUUUAUACUGAUAACAAGUUCAAACAGGUGCCAUUAAUACAGGUAACAAGUGGAGGACAUAGGAGCCUCUUAAAGAAGAAGUUACAGGUCUGUGAGAGCCAGAAAUCUUGCUUGUUUGUAGGUGACCAAAUACUUAUUUUCCACCAUAAUUUGCAAAUAAAUUCAUUAAAAAUCCUACAAUGUGAUUUUCUGGAAACAUUUUUCUCAAUUUGUCUGUCAUAGUUGACGUGUACCUAUGAUGAAAAUUACAGGCCUCUCUCAUCUUUUUAAGUGGGAGAACUUGCACAAUUGGUUGCUGACUAAAUACCUUUUUUCCCCCCACUGUAGCUAUCUACCUUAAGUGGAAUGUACUAACUGUAAGUCACUCUGGAUAGUCUGCUCAAUUACUAAAAUGUCAAAUGUAAAUUUAUUUGUUUCAUGGCAUCUGUUAUGUUCUCAGUGUGACAUGUCUUUUAUGGCAAAGUAAAAUCAUGCAUUUUUAUUUUGUUUAAUCUCAGAUAUUCCAGGUGAGGAGAAGCUAUCCCACAAUUCCCAGAAUGCCAUAGAGAUCUUACUCACCAUGGACAUGAACAAACGGGCUGGUCUCAAAGGCAAGGGUUUCUUUGGCCAGUUUAAUGCAGUUCAGUUUAACCAGUAAUAACAGUAAUAAUACCAUUUUGAAAUUGACCAUUUUUUGAUUUAUUUAUAAUGAUUCCAUUUUUGCUGCUACAACCAUAUUUGUUUUUGUUUCUGCAUCAGAACUGAGGAGCCACACUCUGUUUGCGGGGUUGGACUGGGAUAACCUUCAGAACCAGAGCAUGCCCUUCAUUCCUCAGCCGGAGGACGAGACGGACACGUCGUACUUUGACGCAAGAAACACUGCACAGCACCUCGUCAUGUCUGGCUUCAGUCUGUAG